AUGGCGACACGACAAACAACACAGCGCAGAGACACUGUCACAGCCGAGAUACAGCUCAGCAAAUCCAUUUUGCCGACACUAUCGCAGGACACAGGAUACCUCCAAUACAGCAACAAGUGGACGCCUCGUCUGCUCCUGAGCAACAGCACACACGCGCGCAACGAAGCAACCAUGGGUCAGUCCGAAUCCAAGAAUGUGGCUACAAAGGCCCCAUACCGGGUCGUCAAUGCCGAUGAACCGCAUUCAUUAGAGAGGCCAUUGUUGACUGUCAUGGGCAGUGUUCAAUCUUCCGAAAGCGCCGUCGACGGCAUGGAAGAAUUCACGCUGAACCAACACGAACACGAGAGCGAUGAAGACUUGGUUCCUUCAAUUGGCGUGCCAAACGAUAUCGCAAGGGCGAGCAUUCAGAUGCCUGCCAACUCGGGGCCUGACGAUUCCACCUCACCAAAACAGCCACAACACAACACUGUCAACGCCAGGAAGCAGCGCGUCCUGAUCGUUGGAGGCUCUCGCGUCGGCAAGUCAACUGUCAUCAAUGCUUUGCUCAACAAGAGCCCAACCAAAGAGGCUCUCCGAAGCCCUGCCAUCACAGCUGACUGUGGGAGUACCAACGGCACCACGGACGCCGUCACCGCUUACAUCUCUGCAAAGCAGGAUCGUGCCAUCGUCGACACCAUCGGCCUCACCGAUCCGCGAUUCACAAGGAAGCAAGUCAUUGACAACUUGUACAACAUCAUUUUCAACUUCCGCGUCGGUCUGACCUGCACCAUUCUUGUGGUCAAGCACGACAUUCUCACUUCGGAGGAAGAGCGGCAGCUGCGUCUUUUCACGGCUCUUCUGGGCAAGGAAUGGACCAAGUCAGCGUAUCUCAUCGUCACCCAUUAUGAAAAGCCAAACCCGAACGUUGAGGAGUAUCUGAAGCAGAACCACAGUCCAGCGUUCCAGCGCGUUUUGAAGCUGUUCGAUCCUGAACACAUCCUUGUGGGCAGCCUCCAGAUACACGGCAAGCAAAGGGUUGAUGAUCUUCUGGUUGAGGACCGUUCAAUCUUCGUGAAGAAGAUUGUGGACACCAUUGACCAACAGCCCGAGCGUGAACCCAUACGCCUGCGCAUUCGCAACCUCUUUGACUUCGUCAAGUACAUACGCAACCUGUUCCGCUUCGACAAGGCAGAGGACACCAAUCUACAUCGUCUGUUCAAGGCGUUCGUCGCCGCCGGCAAGGAGGAGCGCAUCUACUUCCACGGCUUCACGGACAGUAUUUGCUUGGAGGAGGUGCGCGGCAACAACGACGACAUGUUUAUCACCCCGUGCCUUCAUGUCUUCCAUUUCGAUUGCCUCCUGGUUUGGCUACUGAAAAACGACACCUGUCCCAACUGCCGUGCCAAGAUACCCACCAGCAUCACGAUGCGCGAAGAUGGCGGUAUCUAUGGUGACCUGCCCACUGAAGAACAGCUUCGUCUUCCUAAUAGGGCUCCCACGAAGGGUGAUCGGCUUGAGCUGUGA